AUGGCUGCGAUCGUCAACAUCCGUCGCGACGUCGACGACAAGUUCUACCGCUACAAGAUGCCCUCGCUCUUGACCAAGAUCGAGGGCCGCGGCAACGGCAUCAAGACUGUGUUUCCCAACAUGGCUGAUGUCGCGCGAGCCUUGAAUCGCCCGUCGUCGUACCCGACCAAGUUCUUUGGGUGCGAACUCGGCGCCCAGGCGACCUUCAACGAUGAGACCGAACGCUACAUCGUCAACGGCGCGCACGAGACGAAUCGUCUGCGUGACUUGCUCGACGUCUUCAUCGACAAGUUCGUGCUAUGCGCGUCGUGCAAGAACCCCGAAACGGACCUCAUCAUCACCAAAGACGAAUUCAUCCUCCGUGACUGCAAGGCAUGCGGCAAGCGCGGCAACGUCGACAUGCGCCACAAACUCACGACCUUCAUCCUUAAGAACCCCCCAAAAUCCAAGAAAGCCGGUGGUCGAUCCAACAAGAAGGCCGUCGCCGGUGCUGACUCGAUCGCGGGUCAACCCGGGGACGAUGUCGGGGACGGCGAAUCCGACGACGAACUGACAAAAAAGAUCGAAGCCGGCGCCGCCGAGAUGCUCAGUGACGAGCAGGCUAAGGCGUUGAUCGCCCAGCGCGAGAAGGAGGACGACUGGUCGAUCGACACGUCCAAGGAGGCCGUCGCGGCGCGCGUCAACCAGCUCGACUCGAAGCUGCAGAACUCGUUGGUCAUCGAUGACGACGAUGAUGAGGCCGGUGGACCAUACGAUACGUUCGGCGAUUGGGUGCGCGAGAAUCGAGGGAGCGUAUCAGACGCCGAGGUGUACAAAAAGGCCGAGGAGAUGAGCAUCGCUAAGAAGCACAAGACGUUGAUUGUGCUCAUUCAAGCACUCUUCACCGAUAAGAUUGUUGAAGAGAUUGACGCGCAUUUGCCCCUCUUCUUCAAGGUAAGUUGUGGGUUUGUGCUUGACCUACACGCGCGAAGACAAUGCUGAGUUGGGGAUUUUGCAACACCAGAUGACGACGUCGGAGAAGCACCAAAAGUCUUUGCUUGGCGGUGUCGAACGCCUCGUCGGCGAGACGUAUCCCGACCACAUCCCGGACGUACCCAAGAUCUUGAUGAAGUUCUACCAGGCCGACGUGCUCGAGGAAGAGGUCGUCACGCACUGGGGAACUCACGCUUCUGGCAAGGUGAGUGGCGGCGGGCUGAUACCAUACAUUUUUGUUGUUCUUCGACUUAUCCUCGCAAUUCUCGCCGCCAGUACGUCGACAAAAAAAUCUCGAAAAAGGUCCGGAAGGCCGCUGGCCCGUUCGUGGAAUGGCUAGCUGAAGCCGAAUCCGACGAAGAGAGUGAAUGA